ACCAUCCCGAGUCCCGACGACCCGACGCAUCUCGCCGUUCUUCGGCUCAUCUGCGACGGACGUCGUCGCACUGAAUCAUCGUCGGGCAUGCCGUCUCCGCCGCGGCCGCUCGCCUCGCUAUGCCGCCGCCGCCGCCUCGUCCUCCUCCUCCUCCUCGCCCCGGCGCUCCUGCUGCUCCCCUGCAUGGCGCACAGCGUGGGGGACGAAUCGGUGAAGGCGCUUAGCGUCGGCGAGGAGCUUUUGGCCGAGACCAUGCCGCUGCGCCACGGCCGCCGGGUCUACAGGAUCGACGGCCUGCGCCCGUCCGCGUGGUACGAAGUCAAGAUCUCCUACCCGGCCUCUAUACCGUCGAGCUUUUCCAUUCAGCUUUUGGACGAUUGGAGCAGUAAGAACAGGAGGCUGCUCAACACGGAGAAGAUAAUUUUCAAGGCUGAGAGCAGCAACCCGGUUUAUGUUCUUGUCACUGUGGAGCCUGAGGGCGUGGUGGCGAAGCCAAAUGUGACAGAGAGGGAGCUUGCACUUUUUAACAUUGUUUGCGAUGAGCUUAUGCUUGGGAUUCCACAUUUUGCCUGGUGGGUUGGGAUUGCAGCGCUGCUUUGCAUUGCGCUGGCGGCACUGGCACCACUUGUUCUCCCGCUGCACAAGCUUCUGAACUGUGAAGGCGCAGAAUCGAGCAAAGCUAAUGCCGCUAAGAUGUCAUGACUCGUGAUAGGUGAAGUAGGGUUGAAAGGCAAGAAUGCUCAGUUUUGCAGACUAGGCAACUGUACUCAUCUUUUCCCUUUCAGAUGAUUCAAGCGUGAUUGUUGUACCAUGGAGUUUAUUGCUGUACGUAUCCACGUCAAUCCUGAUAGUGAUGGAUGGAGCAAGUGUUGGACCUCAGUUUCUGUCGAUAGUAACAAUCGAAUUUCUAACAAUUGAAGAGGCAUAGUUUUUGUUUGUUCUUUUUUUUUCACGGAAACGAAAUGGAGAACAAUAUUUCCAGAAACGAAUAGCAAACAUGCUGAUGGUUUAUAAAAGAGAGAGAGGUUGAAACA